AUGGCGUUAGAAUCCUUAAAGGAUCGUGUAUAUACUGCCAAAAGUGACGUGUAGGUGUCCUAACUGCUUGUGUUCAAUCUUGAUUUUUUCAAGUAAUUCCAUACCGUUUUCACAUGUAUGUAAAUUGAACUAUUCUUUGACUUAUAUUAAUAUCUUUCUGUUUCUUUCGUUUCCUUAAAGAUGGUCGUAUGGUAUUGUGUUGUGGGAGAUUGCCACUUAUGGUGGGUAUUAAAAGUAGACAAACUUCUAUGUUGUCUUCUAAGAUAAAACUCUCCAUUUUAUAUAUAAUAAAUACGUUCCGUAGAGUAUUAGCAACACUAAAAACGAAUACAAACAUCCCACGAUAUUUUGCUCUAGGGAAUAAGCUAUUUAUAUUCUUGAAGAUCGGUUUGAGAAGUAUUUUUUGCAAACGCCGUGCAUGGUGGAGCAUUUAUAUUUUCCCAAAGGAAAUAAAAAAUGCGAGCGAAAUUGCAAGCCUAAAUAUUACCGAAUUUCUGUCUUGAGUAAAGUUGCCUGAAGAACAUGAUCGAAAGCAAAAUUUAAACCAAGAUUAUGCGCUAGAUAGAACACAAUGAAGUUGACAAUAGGCCUGAAUGUGUUUCACAGUUACACGUGGAGACGAGGCUGGGUUGACCUAAUUAUGUUAAAUCAGUUAGUUGUUAUGCUAACUAGUAUUUUUUAAAUAUAAUAAUCGUGAGAAAAGGAAACUGUUUGUAUCAAAACGAGAGCAACCUCAGUCUCACAUUCACUAAAAGGCUAAGGGUACCAAGCUCAUAACUGUAAAAUAGUCUAUCGUCCAUGAAGUACUUCCCCACAGAAGAACUGACCAGUAUUUGGUCAAGGAAAUCAACAUAACACACUCCAAAAAACUCUUUAAAAACCUGUCGUCAUUAUUUCUAACCAAGAUGAAUUAUCAAGUCCGUUGUUGUCAAUUUAUUCUUUGAAACUCCUUGACUAACUCCUUGACUUUGAAGAAGAUGUUUCUUUCCUGGCUUUGCAAUUCGAUUUUCCACAAAAACCGGAAAGCCAUUAUAAGCCCUACACUAAGUUGUUACGAAAUGUGUUGCUCCAAAAAAGACAUUUAACCAUCUUGACUUNGAGAAAAGGAAACUGUUUGUAUCAAAACGAGACCAACCUCAGUCUCACAUUCACUAAAAGGCUAAGGGUACCAAGCUCAUAACUGUAAAAUAGUCUAUCGUCCAUGAAGUACUUCCCCACAGAAGAACUGACCAGUAUUUGGUCAAGGAAAUCAACAUAACACACUCCAAAAAACUCUUUAAAAACCUGUCGUCAUUAUUUCUAACCAAGAUGAAUUAUCAAGUCCGUUGUUGUCAAUUUAUUCUUUGAAACUCCUUGACUAACUCCUUGACUUUGAAGAAGAUGUUUCUUUCCUGGCUUUGCAAUUCGAUUUUCCACAAAAACCGGAAAGCCAUUAUAAGCCCUACACUAAGUUGUGACGAAAUGUGUUGCUCCAAAAAAGACAUUUAACCAUCUUGACUUUUUUUAUUUCAUUUCAUUUCUGACCAAUCAUUUAAAACGUCGAAGACUAAUUUUAAACAGGUCAGACAUUCUCAUUAUGAGUAAACGUUUUUGUUCUUCUUUACUUUUCGUUUGCUUGUUUGUCUGUUUGUUUUUUCUUUAGUUCGUCUAAGUCGAUGGAAUAAUAGAUCUGUUAUUGGAUGGUUUAGUGUGUAGUAUUGUGGCAUAUUUCUACCCUUUUUCUUGUAAUAUGACCUAAAAUUUGGUGGAUGUCUGUAGGUGAGGUGCCGUACCCUAACAUAAUAAUACUAGCGGAUCUAAUCAUUUGGCUGUCCAUGGGGAACCGUAUGUCACGUCCGGAACAUAGCUCAGACGAACUGUAAGUUUGCAAUUGUCCUCUAUACUAAUGAAUGGACAAAUAUUCAAAAACUCAUUAAUCAAUCAAUAUUUUAAUCAAUAUUUAUCCAGGGGCAUCCAAUUUAGUAGAGCUAGUCUCAAUGCAGCCCUGAAACAAUACAAAAGCAAAGACAUUAAAACAUUAAAACUAGAAAAUUAAUUAAGUUACAAAGCCAAAAAGUACCACACGCGUUACUGUUCAAAAUGGCGCUUUAGCUUGAUUUUAAAUUCGCUGAGCGUCUCUACUUGUCUAAUGAUCCCCUGGAGCUCUGGCGCGUCACGUUCUAUCAACUGCGAUUUACUGUUUCAAUGUAAAUCUUUAUAGAUUUAGGGCCUGUUUACACGGAGGUGGGGGGACCCAAGGUAGGUGAGGUAACAUGUGGCGGGUCACCCCACCUAUCAUGUUAACGUGAUCAAAUUAAAAUGACCUGUAACCUGGUAACUCCGUUACCUUGUAGUUACCUUGUUACUCUUAAAGUCGGUACAAUAUAUGUCCCCAUACAUGACGUACGUACCGCUAUAGCCGUGUUAAGCGUUGCACUUAAGACUUAUCAGUUGUGAAGACGCAAGGCAUUGAGACACGCUUUUCUGGGAAUGUGUUUGAAAUUCAAAGAACAUCAUUCUUCGGAAUUCGGACUCGCAUGAGAUGAAUGUGACAAAUGUAUAUGAAAUAAAUCAUAUAUGAGAACUGCGGAAAUGAAUUCUGGCAGUCGUGAACGCAAUACGCCAUUUGCUCGAUGACGUCUUUUACUAUCAAGACCACACUUCAUUUUGUUCUUUCUUUCAAAUUUAAAAUUGGUAAUCUCAGUGAGGUUCAAUUUACACAAGAAAGCAAAACCCUGAAGGAUCUGGUAGCAGUAGUAAAAUGACGUCAUCGUGAAUAUGGUCUAUUUAUGGAAUUGUGUAAGAAGCCUGAAAGAAUAUUCAGGACUUCAACGGGAUUUGAACCUGUGACCUCGCGCUCUAACCAACUAAGCUAUGAAGUCACUUAUGUUGGGAGCUGGUCAAUUAUUUGUUCAUGUUCCCGUGAAAGAGAUGAAUGUAGCAAAAUAAUGUAUAUGAAAUAAAUCAUAUAUGAGAACUCUUCCAGGCUCGGAGAUAAUCGGGUCCGCUGAAUUGAGAAGGCGCGAACAUAAAAAAAAAAAAAGAAAGAAAGAAGUGAAAAACGCGGGGAGAAAACUUGGGAGAGGAAGGGCGGCGGAGCCUGUAAUCUCUGCCAACUUUUCGCAUGCCUUACGCUUUCGUGUCAGUUUUCCCUCAUUAUCUCUAAGCCUGGAACAGGCUACUUAACAAUCGGAUAGCGUUUCCUUCUUCAAGACGAGUUGUAAUUUAGACUACGAGUGGUCCCCCAUUUUUCCUUAGGGAUAGUAGAGCGUGCGAAACGCGAGCGCACGUCGCGUGGGGUGAUUUUCACGCGCUCGCGUUUCGCUCGCUCUACUAUCCCUGAGGAAAAAUGGGGAUUUCUUGUAGUCCAGUUGUAAUUAGGUAUUACAGAUUAAUUAUUCAAAUAUUUUCUGCUGUUAUCUGCAGAUAUGAAAUGAUGCGUUCAUGUUGGUUAGAAAACCCUUUGAUGAGACCCACAUUUGCUGAAAUAACGAAGCGAUUCCAGUAUUAUUUACGAGAAUAUAAGGUGCUGUCUUGAGUCUUCCUUUGUUUAAUCCAUUAAAUACUGUUAAGUGAAAUCACUGAACAAAUUUAUUGCUAGUCCAAGAAAAGCUAAUUUCGGUUCCUGUCGAAAAUUAUUGGUUUAUCACUAUUUAUCAGCCACAAAAAANUAAGCCUGGAACAGGCUACUUAACAAUCGGAUAGCGUUUCCUUCUUCAAGACGAGUUGUAAUUUAGACUACGAGUGGUCCCCCAUUUUUCCUUAGGGAUAGUAGAGCGUGCGAAACGCGAGCGCACGUCGCGUGGGGUGAUUUUCACGCGCUCGCGUUUCGCUCGCUCUACUAUCCCUGAGGAAAAAUGGGGAUUUCUUGUAGUCCAGUUGUAAUUAGGUAUUACAGAUUAAUUAUUCAAAUAUUUUCUGCUGUUAUCUGCAGAUAUGAAAUGAUGCGUUCAUGUUGGUUAGAAAACCCUUUGAUGAGACCCACAUUUGCUGAAAUAACGAAGCGAUUCCAGUAUUAUUUACGAGAAUAUAAGGUGCUGUCUUGAGUCUUCCUUUGUUUAAUCCAUUAAAUACUGUUAAGUGAAAUCACUGAACAAAUUUAUUGCUAGUCCAAGAAAAGCUAAUUUCGGUUCCUGUCGAAAAUUAUUGGUUUAUCACUAUUUAUCAGCCACAAAAAAAGGGAAAGGGAAAGCCGCUGUCGUUGACUUUCACAGGACCAAAAAAAAAACAAGAAUCCGUAAACUUAAACAUGGCGGGAACACGCGACUCCGUUGCAGUGAACUCAAGGGGGCGGAGUAUCUAAUAUAAACAGUAUUACGACACAUUUGUUUGUUUGUUUAUAUAUAUUUGUUUACACCCAAUUUAGAGAAAGUACGUGAAUGUAACCGACGAUGGCUCAGAAAAG